AUGUCAGAACGUGACUCCAUCGUAUGUGUCGCAGGUUGUGCUUGCAGUGUGGAGGCAUGUGGGUUAUUCGCUGCUCUGCCGGAGACUCAAAAAGAUUUUCGAACAUCGUCGGUAAUCAUCGUUUUUGGCCUCGAGCGGAUGAAGUACUACAUUCAUCAAGAGAUAGCACAUCUUUGCUGGCUCUACACUGCUCUCGAUAAGGAGAGUUUGGCUAUUAUUAACAAUGGGCCUAUGGAGGCCGAAUCGUUCAUAGAGCGCUGUCAGGAGCUGCACCGGUUAUUCCGGAAGCUUGCUCAUGUGAACGAUAACCAUGAUAUUAAAGCGGCUAUUGCAGCUUGGAAGUUACCAACCGACUCUCUGGAAUUGCGUUCCUUCGUUAAAAAUUUUGUUGACCACGUCCAGUAUGAGACGAGGAAAGAGAUGAUGAAAAGGGAGGAUCAUCUAGAUCAGCUAAAAGUGUUUUUAGCCUACCUGGACGGCGAGCGCUGGUCCGGAUCCGGCAGUUAA